CAACAAGCUGAGCUUCAAGAAGAAGGGGGGUAACUGCCUGGAGGCACCAUGAGGCACACCCUGCUAUGGGCAGCCACCCUGGCCCUCAGCCUGACUGGGAGUUUCGGGGCUGUCUGCGAGGAGUCGCGGGAGCAGGUGGUGCCCGGCGGGGGCCGCAGCAAGGACGUGGACCUGCAGCAGCAGCCUCCCUCGGUGCUGGGGAGACUCCAGGACAGCAGCCGCCGCCCGUUCUCGCUGGAGGAGCUGCUCAAAGUGCUGAGCAAGGCUAGCGUGGAUCCCAAGGCAGUGUCACUUCCCCAGAAACGAGACAUGCAUGACUUCUUCGUGGGACUCAUGGGCAAGAGGAGCAGCCAGCCAGCUCCUCCUGCUGAUGUGGAUGAAGAGAACGUGUCCAGCUUUGAAGCAUUCAAGUAUCUCCCCAGGGCCGAAUGAGCAUUCCACUUCCGGACCCCCAGGCUGCACCGUGAAGACCCCGUCUCCCUGUCCCAGCUCCCAGGUGCAUGCUUUCCCAUCUCCCUCUCUUGUCCCCGUCCUGGGGACAGCCUUGUGCUUUCGCUGUUUCCUGUCCCUUCCCCUACACGACAGUCAACGUCCCCAGUCCCAGCGAGUUUUGCCUGUGGAGUCCCCGGCAGAUUCUAUGGUGUCUAUGUUGAAACUAGGACAUCCGUCUCUAUCCCUCAACA